CAUAUAUAUCCCGCAACCUCCUCUUUACCAACAACUCAAAUGCCCAGAACUCAAUUUUCUACACAGUAAACUGCAUAUCUGAUAAAAAAAUUUGUUUCGUUUUAGGGUUUCUGUUCUGCGUUCUUCUCUCUGUGUUUCUUGAAAUCACCCGUUUCUUAUCGGAACUCGGAAUCUUCUCCUCUGAAUUCGCCCAGAGUUCGCAGGUUCUACAGCCAUGAAGGUUCACCCGGUGCCCAAGAAACGAAACAUCACGGUAAGAUACGACAUCGCUUCGGCGCUUUCUCAGGCGGACGCCGCCGUGACUUGCCGACAGAAGAAGCUCCGGCGACUGCCCCACAUCUUUGCCAAGGUACUGGAGCUUCCUUUCCGCUCCGACGCCGACGUUUUGAUUGAAGAGACGCGCGAUUUCUUCCGAUUCAUCGUUCCCACCGACGACGUUAGCGGGGAUAAUAUCAGGGCCCACACCAUCCAGAUCUACCCGGGCGUUACUAAGAUUGUAAUCCGAGGGGACGGCCUAGUUGACUCGCCUCUUACUGAGCUGGAGCUCGAUUUGUGGCGGUUUCGGCUCCCCGCGUCGACUCUCCCCGGGAUGGCGAGCGCGGCGUUUAGCGACGGCGAACUGGUGGUCACCGUGCCUAAAGGGCCGCCGCACGAAGAAGACGGCGAGGAUGAAGAUGCCGGAGAUAUUGGAGCUGAGCGGCUUGUUUUUGUACAGUAAUUCUUCAACAAAACAAACCUGCUUGGUUUUUGUUUUUACUGUUUCAGUUUCUCUUAAGGUUCAAUUGUGGCUUCGUUCUGGUAAUGGAACAACAGAUGAAUGAUGUUAUGGUAAAAUGAAAUGUUACCUUCCUUUAUUUUCA